AUGAAGGUAGCUGGUGUUUUCCUGCUCCUCUCCCUGGCUCUUUUCUUCUACCAAGGAAAUGCUGAGAUGGAUGCAGCUGCUUUCAGAGGAAUGGAGCCUUCUUGUGAGAAUUUCAACCUGGGAAGAGGGUGUACAAGGGAGUUUGACCCCAUCUGUGGCACGGAUAACCUCCUGUACAGCAACGAGUGCCUGCUGUGCCUUCACAACCUGCAAAGGAACGACCACGUGCGCAUCAGGAACAGAGGAAUGUGCCAAAUUCCCCGCAACAACGUGGCUUAA